AUGGAAAAUGUGAAAACAAGGCAUACUCCACUAGCUCAGAAGCAUGGCCCACAAGAAGCAGUGGGCAAAGCAAUUGAUCCCUCAGUCUACAGAAGCAUUGUAGGAAGUUUGCAGUAUCUCACACUCACAAGACCAGACAUUACUCAUGAUGUUAAUCUUGCAAGUCAAUUCAUGCAGAAUCCUAACGGCAUGCAUCUUCAGGCAGUAAAAAGAAUAUUAAGGUAUGUCAAAGGAACCAUCGACCAUGGACUAAAAAUCAUAUCACAGUCUUCCUUCCAGCUGUAUGGUUUCUCAGAUGCAGACUGGGUAGGGUGUACCAUUACAAGGAGGUCUACUACUGGAUACAGUAUAUAUCUUGGUGCAAAUUGUGUCUCCUGGUCAUCAAGGAAGCAGAAUACUGUUGCAAGGUCAAGUGCUGAAGCUGAGUAUAGAGCACUGGCAGCAACUGCAGCUGAGCUUACCUAG